UUACAGUCAGUAGACAUGGAGGAUUGGAAGCCUGAUCUGCUGCUGGUCAAAGAGGAGACAAUAGAAGACGGACCAGAGAGCAUUGAUCUGCUGAGUGGACUAAAGAUGGGGGAGCAAGGUGGUUGGCUGGAGGCUAACAGAAGAGACUGGGUGGCCGCCUUGGAUUUCCAGACCCCAACGGGUGCAGCCAAGGGCCCAGGGGACAACAUUACUGAGCAGGCCAGGACCAGAGGCGACAUGGUGGAGUCUGCAGUCCAUGAGGACCUGCUGAUAUCUGGUGUUGCUGACAUGAGAGACUGGACCUCUGAGAUGGGUGGUCACAAACCCUGGCCCCGGAUCAAAACCCUGGAUCUGGAGCCAUCACUCUUCCUUCCCGAGUCGGAAGGAGGACCCAACCGUGAGGGACAGAGACUCCACCACCACACAGAACACAACCAGUGGACAGGAGGACUGAACAACCUCAGUCCUGGUGGUCAUCAGAGAGACAGAGGCUCCAGUCAGGGAUCCAGUCUGCAGUCUGGGGCUGAUAGAGAUAGACCCUCCUGUUCUUAUGAUACAAACACCACAGUAUCCAUGAUGAACAGAGUAGGUCACCCUGGGCUUCAGCCUUCACAGAGAGUGACGGGAGCCCCCCCUGGUGGUAGUCUAUCAGCAAGUCGGUCUUCUCCUUCAGGGCCUCGUCCAAUGCCUGGUGACUUGGUUCAUAGAAGGUCUGGGCCUGGGUCUAGCCUUCCUCAAUUACCUCAGGUUUACCCCACCAAUACAGACAGGGUCCGGGUGGGCGUUCACCAUAAGAGGUACCUAGCCUAUAACACAGCACACAAUCCCAACAACACCCAAACAAUGGCUAGAGGUCAAGGAGGGAGCUCAAAAACUCUUGAUUCUACCUCCUCUGGUGUCAUUGGGUUACAAUGUGGGAGGCCGAGCGUUAGGACGGACGCCGACAAGCCGUAUGCCUGCCCCACGUGUGGGAAGCGCUUUGCUGAGGCAAGGUAUGUGAAGCAGCACCAGACUGUUCACACCAAGGAGAGCUUCAAGUGCAAAUUAUGUCACAAGAGCUUCUCCUUCCUGAGUAGCCUUAUCAGACAUAGGAGUGUCCACAAUGGGGAGAAAUCAUAACAGUGUGGCUUGAGAUGUACACAGGGAUGUCUUUAUCUGACAUAUUAUAGUUAUCGUGUGAAGUGUCUUGGGAUAAGAGGGUAAUUAACCACAUACCCCUCGUUAACCCCUUUAACUUUAAUUAGAAACAGGCUUGCAUUAAUACCUGUUUUUAGAGAGAUAGUAAACCUAGGCUAGCACAAGUAUAGUUUAAUAUUCUCUGGUCUGAUGAAACCAAGAUUGAACUCUUUGGCCUGAAUGCUAAGUGUCACGUCUGGAGGACACCUGGCACCAUCCCUACAGUAAAGAAUGGUGGUGGCAGCAUCAUGCUGUGGGAAUGUUUUUCAGUGGCAGGGACUGGGAGACUAGUUAGGAUUGAGGCAAAGAUGAACGGAGCAAAGUACAGAGAGAUCCUUGAUGAAAACCUGCUCCAGAGC